CGGCUCCUCCCUCCGCCACCGCCUGCCCUCCCCCCCCCCCGACCCCCGCCCCUCCCCGGCAGCGCCGCGGCUGCUACACCGGGUAGGUUUCCAGUCACUAUGGCGGCCGCUGCGCUGAAGGUCGGAGGAAAGUUUUCGUGGUCGGCGGCUGCCUGAGAGGCAGAGCUACCGAGCGGGGAGGCGUCCGGGCCCGGCCGCCAGGCCUCUCCCGCCGCCGGGCCAGCGGAGCCGCGCUCGGCGGGCGGAGAGCGCGGGGGGCUGAGGAGCGGGCCCCCCUCAUGCGCAGCCACCUGCGGAGGGGCUGAGCGGAGCGGAGGGGACGCCGCCUCUCCCGGCCCGCCGCUCCCCGCGCCGGGGGCUUCUGGCGGAGACUUCCUGGAGCCCCCCCCCCGCUCGCCUCCCUCCUCCGCCGGCCCCCGCGCCCCCGCCCGCCCGCCGCCAGCAGACCCCGCCGCCAGCCGCCCCGCCGCGGAGGGACGCUUGCCCGCUGCUGGCAGCCGGAGCCAUCGCGGGCACCGCCUGGGAGCAACCUGUCAGUGCACCUCGUAGGCCGUCCCCGAAGGACCCUUCCCACGCGUUAGUGUCCCCCGUCCCCCCGCGCCCCGAGGGAAGGAGAGUUUGAAGCCCUCUCCAUGCCUUAUCAAGUUCUUAUCUGAGCGGCUGCCUGAACCUGUAGACCAGUUCAGCUUUAUCUGGUGUAGGGGAGGAAAACAGCAUAGCUCUCAUACCCCAUCCUAAAUCGAGGACCACCUUAUUUUGCUUUGGUUUAAUACGUGAAGAUGGUGAAAUGCGGAUUGCUGUGUGAAGCGACUAGAUCCCUGUUGCGGAGUGAGGGCUUCGUAUUCACCUUCCAACUCCUGAUCUGUGUGCUUUGAGAGAGGACGCUAAUCCUCCUCCCUCAUUCCCCUUCCCUAAACCUUUCCUUGCUUCCAUGUUGCAUUGGUCAGAAUUUUGGUCAGUGUUGUUUACGGAAGGGGGGGGGGAAAGAAGGCAGUUGAGGUUACAAACAAAAGUACUCGUAUGACUCAUCUACUUGGAUUUAAGACUUUCUAUCCUUCUUUCAAGGAGCCUUUGCUUCUCUUUGAAGGAAUCAGAUGCUUGUUCCUAUUCUUCCAGAGGAGGAUGGAUUGAAAGUUGUACAUUUUAGACUUUUUUUGGGCCACUGCUGAUAGUAUUAAAAGACAUAAUGGGGCUUUUUCACUGGAUUAUUGCCAGAAUUAGUUUACACACUGAAACAAUGAGUUGUUAGGCCUCUCAUAUGAUAAUGUUUGUCCUGCUUUAAUAUAAAGUUGCUGUGGAGGUUUGGGUUAAAAAUUGUGGAGGACAGUCUGCAUCCGAAGAGGCUCUCUUCAUCUCUGGUCGGUGUGGCAACCCCAAUCUGUCCUCGAUGCCUUCAGCCUUGGCCAUCUUCACUUGCCGCCCGAACUCUCAUCCAUUUCAGGAGCGUCAUGUCUACCUGGACGAGCCCGUCAAGAUUGGCCGCUCAGUGGCUCGCUGCCGGCCAGCUCAGAACAACGCAACUUUUGACUGUAAGGUGCUGUCCAGGAACCAUGCUCUUGUGUGGUUUGAUCACAAGACAGGCAAGUUCUAUCUUCAAGACACUAAAAGUAGUAAUGGUACCUUUAUUAAUAGUCAGAGACUGAGUAGAGGAUCUGAGGAAAGCCCACCAUGUGAAAUUAUGUCAGGUGACAUCAUCCAGUUUGGUGUAGAUGUGACGGAGAACACGCGGAAAGGUAAGGUUACCCAUGGAUGUAUAGUCUCCACAAUCAAACUGUUUCUUCCAGAUGGAAUGGAAGCUCGAUUGCGAUCAGAUGUUAUCCAUGCUCCAUUACCAAGUCCUGUUGAUAAGGUUGCUGCUAACACUCCCAGUAUGUAUUCUCAGGAAUUGUUUCAGCUUUCACAGUAUCUACAGGAAGCCUUACAUCGGGAACAAAUGUUGGAACAGAAGCUGGCAACCCUUCAGCGACUACUUGCUGUCACGCAAGAGGCUUCAGAUACUAGUUGGCAGGCUUUAAUAGAUGAAGACAGGCUGCUAUCAAGAUUAGAGGUUAUGGGAAAUCAAUUACAGGCAUGUUCAAAGAAUCAAACAGAAGACAGUAUACGAAAAGAGCUUAUAGCAUUACAAGAAGACAAACACAACUAUGAGACAACAGCCAAAGAGUCCCUGAGGCGGGUCCUUCAGGAGAAAAUUGAAGUGGUCAGAAAACUGUCUGAAGUGGAGCGGAGUUUAAGUAAUACAGAAGAUGAAUGUACUCACCUGAAAGAAAUGAAUGAGCGGACUCAGGAAGAAUUAAGAGAAUUAGCUAAUAAGUACAAUGGAGCUGUAAAUGAAAUUAAAGAUCUUUCUGACAAGCUAAAGGUAGCAGAAGGAAGACAAGAAGAAAUCCAACAGAAAGGACUGGCUGAGAAAAAGGAAUUGCAGCAUAAAAUAGACGAAAUGGAAGAGAGAGAGCAAGAGCUUCAAGCAAAAAUAGAAGCUUUGCAGGCUGAUAAUGACUUCACCAAUGAGCGGCUAACUGCUUUACAAGUACGGUUAGAACAUCUUCAAGAGAAAACUCUUAAAGAACACAACAGCUUAGGCAUACAAGUUGACGACUUCAUACCUAAAAUUAAUGGGAGCACAGAGAAAGAGCACUUUCUUUCAAAGAGUGGAGGGGACUGCACUUUUAUUCAUCAGUUCAUAGAAUGUCAGAACAAGAUCAUAGAUGAAGGACAUCUAACCAAAGUGGAAGAAACAAAGCUUUUGAAAGAGAAUCAAGCAAGAGUCAAAGAAUCUGAUUUGUCAGACACUCUUAGUCCAAGCAAAGAAAAAAGCAGCGACGACACUACAGAUGCCCAGAUGGAUGACCAAGACCUAAAUGAACCUAUUGCUAAAGUAGCUCUUCUAAAAGAUGAAUUGCAGGGUGCACAAUCAGAGACUGAGGCUAAGCAAGAAAUUCAGCAACUGCACAAGGAGCUGAUUGAAGCCCAAGAGCUAGCUAGGACAAGUAAACAAAAAUGCUUUGAACUUCAAGCGCUAUUGGAAGAAGAGAGAAAAGCAUAUCGAGUGCAAGUUGAAGAAUCCAACAAGCAAAUAAAUGUUCUGCAAGCUCAGUUGCGAAGGUUACAAGAAGAUAUUGAGAAUCUUCGUGAGGAAAAGGAGAAUGAAAUUUCAAGCACUCGAGAUGAACUAGUCAGUGCUCAAAAUGAGAUUCUGUCACUUCAACAAGUAGCAGAAAAGGCAGCAUCGGAACGAGAUACAGAUAUUUCUGCAUUGCAAGACGAGCUGCAAACAGUGCGAGCGGAACUUGAACUCUGGCGGAAGGAUGCCUCAGAUUACGAAAAAGAAAUUGUCAAUCUGCAAGCGAGUUUUCAGCUCAGAUGCCAGCAGUGUGAGGAUCAGCAGAAGGAAGAGGCUACUCGCUUAAAAGGUGAACUUGAAAAGCUGAAGGCAGAGUGGAGUGCUCUGGAAGCUGAAUGUGUUACACUAAGGAAGGAAAAUACUAUGCUUACAUCUGAACUUCAGCGACAAGAGAAGGAGCUUUCUAGCUCUCAGAAACAGAGUUUAGCGCUAACCAGCGAUAUAAGUGUUCUUGAAAUGUCUCGAAAGGAACUUGAAAAUCAGAUGGGAUCUUUGAGAGAAAAACAUCAACGGGAUGCAGCUAGUCUAAAAAGCCAACUCAGUGAAGCUGAGAGUCAAGCAAAAGAUGUUCAGAAAGAGUAUGAAAGAACACAGACUGUGCUCUCGGAGCUGAAGGCAAAGUAUGAGAUGGCUGAACAAGAAAACCAGUCACUCACAGAAGAGCUCAAACAGUGUAAAGAAAACCUGAAGCUGCUACAAGAAAAAGGAAACAACCCUUCCAUAUUACAACCCGUCCCAGCCGUAUUCAUCGGCCUAAUCCUGGCUUUCCUGUAUUGGUGUUACGGCCCAUUGUGGUAGCGAAAGAGACAAUGGCCUUGGAUGCCUGUGAUGGCAGCUUUGGUUGCUGUAACAGCCGUGGUGCUGUACCCAGGCCUAACCAGAGCUUCUCCAUGAGAACUGUUGUUGAAUCCAUACACCGUCCUCCCUUUAGAAGCUGGCAACAUUCAUAUACUGAGGGAAAACAGAUUAAUUCUCUUCCUUUUUACCUCUUAAUACAGCACAGCUCUGCGUGAGAACAGCAGUAGGGUCAUUUGCUUUAAACUGUAUAAAAUGUAUCUGUCUAUAAAGAGGGAAUAAAAUUGUGAUUCAUCAUACUGUGAGCAAUAUUUUUGCUUACAAUUUCAUGCAAGUUUUAAAUUAGUAUGUUGGGAUUCUGAAUACUAUAAUGGUGGCCUAAAGUAGGCUUCUUGGUACCAAAUUAUUUAUAAUGGCUAGGGUUGUGGACACUUUCUUUAGAAUCUGAUUGCCAGAUUUAAAAGGAAAAACACAUUUCUGAUUUGGACGCCCAAGCCAAGUAACCUUGCAGAUACUUGGAAAACAGAUGCCAUGUGCUCAGUGCCUUUCAGUAUGAUUUUUUUUUUUUU